AUGCCAGGUUGGAGCCCAUCCUACAAUUCGAGCACAUACUACUGGGGAUGCGGAACGAACACCACAGCCGCCCGAUCAGAUUGUGAACACGCCCUUAAUAUAGCGAUUCAUAGUCCUAGGCUCGUUAAGAUCCAGAAGAAUCAAUCCAUGUGGUCUUGGUUCAGAUCCUGCAAAGUAACCGUGGCCACCCAAGAGAAUUUCGACCCUGUAAGCGGCCCUAUUCAAACGGAUGAGUUUCGAGAUAUCGCGAACUGGGGAUUCGGAUCAUUAUGUGAUUUGGGAAUGCAACGCACCUAUUUCACUCCACAAAAUCACACCUGGUAUGCAUAUGUUACAGAAAUGGCUUGGAAGUACGGUGAUAACUUUUGA